GUUUAUCCAAGGUCGCUCAGUUGCGGUUUCACUCGCCAUGCCCUUCUUCUUCUCACCAGCGUUGAGCCGGCGUCAGAAAGGAAGUGGCUCAACAAGCAGUGUCAAUGCAACAGAGGCAAAGCAGAAUGCAAGUGUGCAAAAGAAAGCGCAUCUGAAGCGGACCUUGUCAACAAUUGAGAAAGACUCCUUGCGAUACAAGGCCGGCAAGGUCAAGCCUUGGAUGGAUGACGACGGCAACGUGGUGUGGUCCAAGUCCAGGAUUAUCAUUGGCGAGUGGGUCCUCUCACAGACCUUCGAGACAAUCAUGGGAGUGAUCAUCGCCACGAAUAUUUGCAUCAUGGUGGUAGAAUCAAACGCAGAUGCAAGUUGCUACACUUGGGCUGUGGAAAACAAUGAGCUUGAGAAAAUGCUAGAAAAGUGUCCUCAUCGCAGUUCCAGUAUUUGGUGGCUUCAGGUUGCCAAUAUCGUGCUUUUGGUCAUCUACAGUGUGGAGUGUAUGUUGCGUGCCUUCGUGGAACGCCACAACUAUUUGUGGAAUAGGUGGAACCAAAUCGAUUUGCUGACCGUAGUCCUGGGCUGGGCUGGUGUCGUCCUGGCAGCUGCGGCGUCAUUCUCUGGAUUCCAAUUCAAUGUGCUCCGCAUAACACGAGUGAUCAGACUGUUGAGGGCAGCUCGUGUGGUCAUUUCCAUUCCAGAAUUCUACAUCCUGGUGAGUGGAUUGACUUCCUCGUUCAAGGCCAUCAUCUUUGGCUCUGUGAUGCUGGUGUCGGUAAUCAUUGUUUGGGCAAUCAUUGGGGUGGAGCUGCUCCAUCCAUUGAAUGCGGGAAAGAUCUAUCCUGACACCUGCUGGCAUUGCAAAGAUGCCUUUGGAAGUGUCCAAGAGGCCGCAGUGACAAUCUUCAAACAGAUUGUCGCGGGUGAUUCGUGGGGUGAGAUCAAUGAACCAUUGGCGCUGGAGCACCCAGCCCUGAUCCCGCUCUUUUUCUUCAUGUUCAUGAUGAUCUCACUUGGCUGCAUGAAUUUGAUUCUCGCAGUCAUCGUCGAACGAGCGACAGAGGCGAGAGAGAAUGACCAAGCGAGAAAAUUGCAAAAGAAGGACGCGGAGCGCGAGGCCAACAUGGUUGAACUAGCACUGCUUUGUGACAGCAUGGAUGUGAAUGGCAAUGGAUCUCUCUCCCUGCAAGAGAUGCUUGAUGGCUACGACCAUAACCACCACUUCAACAAUCUGAUGCAAGAGAUGGACAUCCGACGUUCAGACAUCAGAACGAUCUUCAACGUAUUGGAUGGAGACUGUUCAGGUGAAGUGUCCUAUGUGGAGUUUUGCCAACAGCUUGGGACAUGCAGGAAGAGGGAUCCUGUCAUGAUGCACUCACUUAUCAAAUACUCUGUGAUGGAAGUGCAGAAGAUCCUGAACCACGAAAUCAUGGAUACUUUGAACGAGCAUACCGAGGCACUCAUUGAACAGAGAGAGAUGCUCAUGGAGCAGCUUCAGUUGCUCCAUGCCCUGCCGGUGGAUCCAAAAAUCAAAGAGGUGGCGCAGAAGAGACGCGCGGCCCGAGUCCUGCGUCGACAAGGCAAAAAGCAGGGGAAGCCUCAAUAUUUCGACGAGAAUGGCACAGCUGCCACAGCCUACAGCUCUCAUGGCUCUGAUGUUCAAGAGGAAGGAUCUGGGAUGGUAGCUCAUCAGGUCGUUAAUUCCAUGGAAAGCACUUGCCAAAGCUUCGAGGAGCUCCAGUCACAGAUGCAGUCCUUGAUUAGGUCUACAGAGGAGUUAUCCUCAAAGGCCACGAAUUCAAAGCAGGACUUGCUGGAGCCCGGAACAGGCCGCGACAACAGAGUCAGACCCAACAGUCAUCGGGCGUGAGGCUCUGAGGGGUUGUAGUCUAGGAGUCUAGAAGGAGGUACCUUGUAGGGAGCGGUGUUCAGCGGAGAUAAAGUCACAUCUUUGCUUUGUUACUCUGUGCCUGACUCUUUUGUUUUGCUGAAUGGAGCUGUUCUCAAGGUUCUACACACGAUCGACGUGAAUGCUUGCUAUCAUCUUUAGCAAAGACUGUUUGCCAACCGAUCCUUCUGUUCUUUUCCAGGCACGUUGUUGGCAGUUCAAACAGAAGAUGCUCAAGCGCUCUCUGCAGACAGAAAUGAAAGAACCACCAGCCUCAAUGAAGAACUCGAGAGAAAGUUCUCGCUUCUUCUAGCCAAGCUGCGGCAAAGAAUGGACGACGAAGAAGUACUGCAACGAAGAUGUAAAGAUGCUGUCCAAGCUGUUGAUUCGCUACUCGCGGAUCAUAGUGGACGCUACUUUUACUGCUAAGCAGUAAACAGAAGCAUCCAUAGAGUCAGAAAAAGUGGAAGUUGCCGCACCUUUAAGAAAGUCAGCCC